UAGUGCUCAUCCAUUCUUAAAGCUACUCUAGAUCAAUUAUAAUCAUCAUUCAUUAAAAGACCAUGACUGGCUCUGGCUCUCCAUGUGGAGCUUGCAAGUUCUUAAGAAGGAAAUGUAUAUAUGGAUGUGUGUUUGCUCCAUACUUUUGCCAUGAUCAAGGAGCAUCUCAUUUUGCAGCCAUUCACCAAGUAUUUGGAGCCAGCAAUGCUUCCAAAUUGCUCUCUCAACUUCCUAUGCAAGAUCGGUGUGAAGCUGCCAUUACACUCUAUUAUGAAGCUCAAGCUCGCCUCCAAGACCCCAUCUAUGGUUGCGUUGCUCAUAUAUUUUCCCUCCAACAACAAGUUGUGAAUUUGCAAGCACAGCUUGAGAUUCUAAAGCAACAGGCAACACAAAGCAUGAUGACUACUGAUACUCCAUCCUUAGAAAACCCUAAUUACUAUCGAGACACUAAGCUUCAACAACUUCAACAAUCUCUAGAUCUCCAUCGUCAUCAUAAUAGACAUCAUCAAGAUAGAAGUUUUGAUACAGAGUCCGACUCCGAUCUGAGAAAUAUCAUGACGUCUUACUCUGAAUUAGAUCAACACUUGAACACCUUUAAUCAGUAUCAUAAUGGCGGCAAUGAUGUUCUAUCCGCGAGUUUCGGGUACAUCUCGUAUUCGUGAUGAUUUUGGUGAAGAUAGGGUUGAACACAUCAAGACGCAUAUUAAUUAAUCUAUAGUUUUAAUUUAUAUCAAGUUUAUACCUAAUAUAUGAAUGAAAUGUUUUUGAUCGAUUUAGUUUCUGUUUGAUAGUUUUAUAAAUUUAAUUUACAUCGGAAUCAAAUCGUCAAAUAUAUUACUGGGAAACAACAAAUGGCAAAUCCCCAAGCAGCUCAACUUAAGCCAUGGGGAAAAUCUGUUUUGGCAUUGUAGACUGAUCAUUUGUUCCUUUUCUACUCUUGGAACCAAAAAAAUAAGAAUUAGCAACAAAUAAAUAUUAAACAAAUAAAAAAAUUAUUAAACAAAUCCUAAUCUACUAGUAGUAUAUAUAAUAUCUUUGGCUAUACAUAAGAUUCUUCCUUAUUUUUAUUUUGUCUUUGUAACCUCUCUUUUUGAACAUAAGUAUGUCAGGGAUUUUGUCAUUGUAAUUUUUAACAAUCAGUAAGAACUCUAGUUCAAAUGGAGUUGCAACGCUCAUCAGAGCUAUCAACAACGACGCACAGGUGAAAGAGAUUUUUGGGAUCGUCAAAGAUAUACAAGAACUCUCUUCUGUGUUUGUCGAGAUCUCUUUUGCUCAUGUUCCUCGGUCUUCCAAUGUGGAAGCCGAUCGACUAGCCAAACUCGCUCUUUCUGUUUCAGUUGUUUCUAACCCUUAGUGGGUCGACAAUGGGCCUGAGGCCUUCUUUAUUUAUGGAAAAAAAGUAUGUGUUACAAAAAAAAAAAUGGAGUUGAAAACACAUUUAGAUUGUUGACUUCCAGUUUCUUGUCCCUUUUUCCUUGUUAAUUUCUAUAUGGAGGACGACUUUCAUGUGUUACAAAAUGUGAUUGUAUAAAUAGUAAUGGCCAAGACAUAUGCUUUUUUUUUUUUGUGACAAGGCCAAGACAUAUGCUAUUAACAAGAAGAAAGUGAUCGUGACAUCUACUCACUCUGUAAAUUAGUCAGAAUUCACAGUAAUGCGAAAACAUGUUGCUAGCAAAAAGCAUUUCUAUAUUAUUAUUAUUUCCAAUCUGACUGAAUCUUUUCUCACUAACUGUUAUAUGCCACAUUAGGGACUUGUUGUCAAUGUUCAAACACAAAAGUUUUGUGAAACACGAAGAUAGACCAAUCUGAAAAAGGAACUAGCAUUUUGUGACUUUUAUUAUCUCGCAUUAGUGAUCGAGAAAAGUAUUGUAAACCUAAUAGGGUCGUUUAAAAACUGCAAUGGGCUUACUUUACGAGUUGUGGGCCUACAGCGCACAGAUUAAAAAGAAAAAAGCAACUGCAAAAAUUAAUUCAAUAAUCACGGCCUGAGGAAAGAAAUUGUGAGGUGGGCCCCGAUAGCAAAUGACAUAAAGCAGGCCAGGCAACACGGGGAAAAGUGCCAAUUUCGACCCAAACUAUUUCAGUCGUGCCAAAUACGACCCGAACAAUUGAUCAGUGCCAAAUACGACCUCAACUCAAUUAUAAUUCAAAAAAA